ACACCCGCAUAAUUUUAACCAUGCCAAUUCAAUUGCUGUUUCGUAUAAAGGCGCCGCCCUCGUUAAAGCUUACCUCAGUCUUUGUGGUAUACUGUGAGAUACAACUUCCUUAUAAGCUAACGAAAUACCGUGUAAUGUGAGACAUUUUAUACGUAUAUAGAUAUACAUGUAUACAUAUAUGUAUAUAUAUAUGUGUAUAUAUAUAAACGGCAGUCAAAUCUUGCCUUCAUUUAAUUUAAUUCGAAAGUAAAGUUGUACAUAAUGGUGGUGAUCAAUGUAAUAACUGUAGCCUUCUUCGUUGCAACUGGGAUAACGUUUGCGACGUGUGCAGCUUCGACAGGCAAACGACGUCCGGAAUUAAAAAAGCCCGAAACUGGACACAAACGUCAUGGUGACAAUACUUCGGAUGUCCUAGCUCUUGCUCUUUCAGACUUCGAAGUUGUGCGUAGAUCUCUGGGUCCAAUGACACUCCAGAAAUACAUAGAUAAAUCAAAUUCUCCGAUAGCGGAAAGCAAGAACAGAAAUACAAUAGAGAAGUUAAAGCUAUCAGUGACACUUCGCGACAACAUACUUUACAUUUUCUCGUACCUACUUCGCGGCUAUGAAAAUGGCUUGACGGAGAAGCAAUAUGCAUCUUUGCAGAUGCUUUAUAAUAUCUUCAGGAAAAGGAUGGUUCACGUGUACGACAUGUUGCCUGUUCUAUCGAAACUAGAAAAUAAAGACAAGAAUCAACAGACGAAGAUCAUAUUGUCGUCACUGAUGGAACACCUUCCGCUCUAUCUUUCAUGCACAGCCAAAUUCCUGAUCAACGAGAUACAACAAAAGAAAAUCAAUUUGAAUAUAUUGCUACGGUCAACGAAAUCCGAGAAAUUCAAUUACUUAACCAACAUCAAUCGGGACUUAAUCGCUACAAGUAAAAUAAAGGACAGUGAAGGAGAAACGGGAGGAUACGAUAAAUAUUCAAACAUCACUCGGAAAGCUCUUGGUUCGGUAUUUGUAAAGCUUCUUCACACUCUGCACACAAGCAAAGAAUCUCUGUCGCAGGAAUUAUUCGGUCUGAUAUUGAUGAAUUUACCAAACCACAACGACGAUCCCGUAUUCGAAGAGAACAUCAGAUAUUUAUACGAGAUAACUGCAAAUAAUCGUAUUAUAAACUGGAAUCCAAUCGGGAAGAAUCCCGUUAGCAAGGAUGCCUACACACUUGUAUUUUCUAUGCUCUCCAAGAUCCUUAAUAAUCCAAGCACAGACAUCGUUAUAAAAAACGCCGCGGCUUACGUGUACAACCAUUUGAAGAUCAGCGCUUCAAUCUACGCUAAUCCGAACUUUAAGUAUAUGUACAACCUAAUUAAACAAGACAUAGACAUGGGACUAUUGUUCUCAGCCGUUGUUCCACAGGAAUUUGAUGCGGAUACAAUUCGCAUGAAAGAUCGUCUGCUGAGAUACUUCAUGCAGAACUACAGGAACAAAGACUUGGAUCAGGUAGUUAAGGGAUUUAACAAAUUUGGUUAUGACGAUCCUCUAGAUCUCCUUAUGGCGUUCCUAACGAGAAUAUUGAAUCGCAUCCCGGCGUCGAAAGUAGAAAUUCUACAGCCAGCCGCAGCUCUGCUGUCAGCUUUAAUUGUGAAGAAGCACGCCAGGAUUUUCACGCCCUUCGUAUCGCCCGAAGUUGAUGUGCUGGUACUCUUGGAAUCUCUCAGGAACCCUGAUCUAGAUCCGAUGCUUCCGAAAUUAGUGGAUUCCAUAGAACUCGAAUUGACUUCACAUCCACGAAUAUCCGUGUUUCUGAGCACCUUGAUACCAACGGAGAAAGAUAAAUGUCUGAUACCUCGACAAUGCAUAAUAAAUACGUUCCAGCGGAUGCAAAUGCUACACGCUCAGUUGCCUAUAACGUUAACAACGAAAAUUCAAAAUGUAUUACACAUUUUGCAGACAACUGCGCCAUCACAUAUCUUUUCCACGCAAUAUUCCAUGAUACCGGGAAACGUAGAUCGCUAUAAUACGGAGCAGAAGAAUCCAAUAAUGUUAAACGAUAUGAAUAGCGCACCGAUUGAAUUAAACGGAAAACCGUAUGUAUGGAAUAUAAAUAAAUAUGCCGUCGAGAUAGAUUCCGAUACGCAAGAGGAAUCAACAGAACGCGGACGGGAAAACCCUACAAUUACUGAGUCCGUGGAAACGAAAGAGCCCGCUGUUUUAAGCCAUUUAUUCGAAUGGACGUCGACAUCACCUCAGAUUUUCUACAGCACGGCGUAUCGCACGACUACGGAAAACAUCCUGGGGGAAUUUAGUGCCGAAAUCGAAUAUUCCCGCGGUCUAGAACCAAUUUCGUCAAUAUCGCGAAAAUCGUCCCAAAAUGUACUCCCAACAAUCCCCAAACGCCCAUUAAAAUCGGAGAAAGUUCGAGAACAUGUGACAAAUAUUGCACCUUAUGCUUCCAUGUCUCCGGAGUCGUCCGAGGAAAUACCUGAAAACACCGCGCCGAGACUUUCAGUCGAGGAAACAUUGGACUCUGAAAAUGUAUCAGCUGCGAUGGUGUUGCCACCGCUUAUAAAACCCGAUCGCCCUCUUACCGUACAACUGUCCAAUAAUGGCGUGCCGGUUGUAACGACGGACGAGCAUCACGAUGACGAUGCGGAAUCUGGACUUACCUUGCCAGAAAUCGCAGUACUUCUGAAGUCGCCUAAUGUGAACAAUUUCUUGGAAGAAGUCGAUACACCGAUAGUAACGCAAAUACUACGGCCGCUGUCUGCUAUAUUUGGUAAAAAUUAUAUCAAUAAAAUCCUGAAAGACGUGAACCCGAAACUUUACUCCACGAACAUCGCGUUAUUAACGGCAAUAUUCAAAAGAGCCAAGAACCAUCCGCAAGUAGCGAAAAUGCCGGAGUUGAUUGACUUAAUUCGGAAGUACAUCGCCAGUAUAGAAUAUGUCAGUCCGACUAUACUCCUGCCCAUUGUAAUUUCAUCAAAGAGAUUGGCAUCAGAUAUUGUGUACUCCACGUUUAAUCCGUAUGACUUAACCUACAGUGUAAUUAGCGAAAACCCGCCGGAUGACAGCUCAUCCGAUACUGUCACUGUACCUCUUGUCAAUCCUAAAGCAUGGCUGCAAGCGAUAAAUCCAUCUGACCCUUAUAUUGAUUUACUACCCACUUUGCCGAAGGAAGAUACUUUUGAAAAAAAGUUACGACCUCUCAAGAAGAUCUUGACGCGUGAGAAGAUUACGGAAAUACUCGGACCAGAUUUCAAACCUUUAUUGUACCCGAAUAAAGGUGCACUUUUGAUAACGCUUUUGCACAAGCUGCAGAAGGUUAAAGCGAUUCAAUUGAACAUCCCGCUGAAAUCCAUAAUCGACUUAUAUAUACACGCAGUUGAGAUACCGUCGAUGAACACCAACGUGCCCGAAAGUAGCUUCAUGAAGAUGAUGUCGGAAUCUACGGGUUACUGGCAGCCCGAAUUAACCAGUUUGAUCUAUGCCUUGCCGGCAGCCAAGAACGAUGCUGAGACCGCUAUGAUAAAAAUGAUAGAAGAUUUCCUCGCCAGUCCCGAUCUUUUGGAGAAAUUGCACAUAGCUAAGCCGCCGUUAACCACGUCUCGCGGAGAACUGUUGCGUAAAAUUAUCCUGAAGGUAUUAUCCAGCAAUAUACAUAUGGAGAAACGAAUCCUGAAAGCGCUCAAAUACUAUAAGGACAAGGUGAUGUUUAGUGAUAUGGGUGCUCUGCCAGUAAUGUGGAUGUGGGUACAUGUGUACGUAGUUAAGGCCGAAGUGAAACUGGGCGACAUGAUACAGAAAACACUGGACUUCGAAAAAUUGCCGUACCAGGAAAAAUUAGCGUACAACAAUCUAGUUACAUAUUUAGCGGAGAAUCCUCAUUUCCUCCAGAACAACGAGGACUUUGCAUUCGAGAAGUAUAAGACGCAAGGGGAAUUUGUUAAAGCUUUCUUUAGAUAUUUACUGAAGAAGUCGCGCGUUAACGAUCACAUUAAAAAGAAUAUUCAGACAUUACUUCCACGCGUGAUGUUGACCGGACCAGGAGCAAUCUUAUUGCCAAGUUUUUCCGAAUCUUUUUAAAAGAACAAUAAAUAUUGAGUAAAGAACGAAAUAUUGGGUCAAUCAAAAAGUUCGAAUCGCUUUUCAAUACAUAUGCUGUCAGAGCCAAAGACAACUCUAGCAAUUUUCUAUAAAUAAUUAUAAACAUGAUAAAUAUGAGAAAUUUGUUUCUGUAUUGACUGCAGUGAAGUCAAAUUUGAUUAAAAAAUCAAACGAAACUUUUUCACUGGCCUAAUAUAACUUAAUGUCAUGACUCUCUAAACAACAAAAUGAAACUCUAAAAAUACUGCUUAGAAUUUUAUUAUGUAGAGUUUGAUUUAUAACAAAUAAAAAAGUUAGAUUGUUUAAUUGUUUAAUUUAAAACUGUAAGGAGAAGAAUAGAUGUGAGCGAUACAUAUUGGAUGGAGUUUAUCCAACAUAGUUUGUAAGAAGAGCAAAAUAGAAAUCUGAUGUGAUGAGAAGUUUA